GACCAGUCGUAGGGGUCGGGAGGCUGGAUCAUCAAGUUAGGGUGAGCAGGAGACUUGAGGCCAGAAGUGGAGAUUUUUAUUAAAUUGUGGCGUGGAGGUCAGAAAUAAAACUGUAAAAUUCACAUUGUGCGGGCCCGACUGGUAAUCGCGGAGAAUGUCUCACAUGUCAUAUAAUGGAGGGGCUGUCAUGGCCAUGAGGGGUAAGGAUUGUGUGGCCAUAGCUGCUGACAGGCGGUUUGGAAUUCAGGCACAGAUGGUGACGACUGACUUCCAGAAAAUCUUUCCAAUGGGCGAGAGGUUGUAUAUUGGACUGGCUGGUCUCGGCACAGAUGUACAGACUGUUUCACAGCGUCUCAAAUUCAGGUUGAACCUCUAUGAACUAAAAGAAGGCAGGCAGAUCAAACCAAAAACAUUUAUGAGCAUGGUUUCCAAUCUCCUUUACGAACGACGAUUUGGUCCAUAUUACGUUGAGCCAGUAAUUGCAGGACUUGAUCCAAAGACGUAUCGACCGUUUAUCUGUUCGCUCGACUUAAUUGGCUGCCCAAUGGAGACUGAAGAUUUUGUGGUCAGUGGAACAUGCGCAGAACAAAUGUAUGGCAUGUGCGAGUCCCUGUGGGAACCAGACAUGGAACCAGAAGACCUGUUUGAAACUAUUUCUCAGGCGAUGCUGAAUGCAGUGGAUAGAGAUGCUGUGUCUGGGAUGGGUGUCAUUGUGCACAUCAUUGAAAAGGACAAGAUUACCACCAGAACACUGAAGGCUCGCAUGGAUUAAAAACUUCUAUGUAAACUUUGCAAUAUAACCUUUUUUUUUAAAAACGUGGAAUUUCCCCUUCCUCUGUUCUGAAUCACCUAGAAUAUCACGUGAGAGUCAGUUGAAACCAGAUAACUUGAACUGUAAAUCUUUCGUAUUCUAUCUGGUCACUGAAUAUUCUGUUUAUAAGAGAGGAAUGUAACUUAAAUAAAUUAGCUCUACAAGCAAAGAGAA